AUGGAUGAAUUUUAUCCAAAUAUUGCAAAACCGUUGCUCACUAAAGGCGAACAUCGACUUCUUCGAGCUCUCAAGGUUAUUGUCGGUUUGACAAUGAUGAUUCUCUCCUGUACGGCCACUUAUCUCUCAUUCUCCUUGAAUACUUUCCGUUUGUAUGGACUUGAGGAGUGUUGCUCGUUCUAUUUCAUUCUAAUGGGAGCUCUGGGUAUUUGCGGUGCUUCAGCUCUUCGUCACACUUUAUUCAUUCUGGUGCUCGUCAUGGGUGUGCAUGGAGCUCUAAUUUUUGCACCAGCUUUAAUCGCGGUUUCCUCAAUUGAUAUCACUUUUUUGAAGCAUCAAUGCUGGGGUGCUUGUGAUUGGAAUCUCUUGGCUCCAUCAUUUCCCUCAAAUGGUCGCUGUGAAGUGAUUUGUGGAUCAAGUAUUGAUGAGCAAAGACGUUCUCAGUUGACUCGUCUCGGAUUGGAUGUUCGCUUAGAUGCUGGGAUGUGUGGUUGUGCGGCUGCUCAAUUUCUCCUCUCAAUUCUCACAAUCGUUCUUUGUGCCAAGAUUGCCCCGAUUUCGAAUCGCUUGCGAAAGAUUGCUUCAUCAAUGCUGAAGAAUGAUCCUUUUAUCGCACGAGAUGAGAUGAUUCUAUUGGAGGAGAUAUCAAUGGAGAGGAUUACGAAAAAGCCCGAAAUCUUCGGCUGUGCAUUGAAUCUCGUCGGCCUAGUAGCUGUCAUUUAUGGGAAUCCUCGUAUGCUUGCUCACUAUAGACGUUAUCUUAUCGUUUAUCAAGUUUACUCUCUUGUAACCGAUUUGGCGAUUGGUGGUCUAGCCUUACCGAUUCUCGCAUUUCCGGAUACUGGCGGCUUCUCUAUCGGAAUCUUGACAGACUUUGGAAUCUCUACUGAAAUUCAACUGACAAUCGGGAUUUAUCUUGUUGGAGCAUUGUUUGGAGCAAAAAUCGUGAUCUUUCUCGAGCGGCAACAAGCUGCUUUGCAUCAAGAACAUCCGUUUAGACUUUGUAAAAUAGCUCACGAAUGGGCUACAAAAUUUCUGUACAUCGGUCCAAUCUUGCUGUCAUUUGCCGUUUCGUUGAUGUGCGCUUUGAAUGAUGUGAAGAAAGCAAUUAAGAGCUCUUCUUUGAGAUAUCCUCAACUUCAACAAUUCAUCUCAAAUCCCAACUAUUUCGGGUUUCAGGACGGUUUCGACACAGCGAUCGCGCUUAUUUUGUUUCUUUUGGUGCUCGUUGCUGGCGCAUUGAUUGGAUUCACCACUCUUCCCUCAUUUCACGCCUUUCGAACUCAACAAUUGAUGCUUUCCGAGAAGACUGUGAGAAUGCAAAAGAAAUGGCUUCAAAACUUAUGCAUUCAGACCCUAGUGCUUUGUGCAAUGGUUUUCACGCCGCUUUUUUAUGGCCUUUUCACUUAUUUUACGCAACAAAUUUGGUUGGCCGGUUACUCAAUUUGGGCGACAGUCAUUUUCUCACAACAAGGCGCUGCAAUGACAACGCUGAAUUUUGUGCUUUUCAAAAGCUAUCGAAAAUUUGUGAAACGAAGAGUUUUCGGGAUUGUUUAUGGGAAACAGAAAAAUUCAUCACAAAAUGUUUGCAAAGCUUUCCAAUCGUCUCAAGCAAUGGAGAGCAAAGAGACGGACUUCUCCAACGAAAAACGAAAGCGCUCAACGGGAAAUGUAGGAGAUAAGGAAAUCCCUACUCCGUGCCCUACUCUAACAGUCCCAAUCUCGCGACCGACCCGUCUUGGCGGUCUUCCGAUUUCUUCAGAUGGAAUCGCUCAAGAACUUCCACCGAGAGUUCAAUUUCUUCUUGAUAAGAACCGACCAAUCGAUUUGGAUGACGAUGAGAAAUUCGACUUCGAGCUGGCUCUCAAAGCGAUGAAGAUGAUCGAUCGACUCAAUAACAACGAGCCUCUAUCUCCCGAGUCAGUCCUGUUGACGCCGAUGGCUCAACUUUCCAUGAAAAAUGACUCGAAAGCUAGAACUCCAUCGGAAAUUCAAAAACCACAUGAA